ACACAUCUUCAAUAGUCACCAAUCCAUUCCACUGAGAUUCUUGUCCUUGUUUUUUAGUUUAUCUUCCCUUUUCAAAAUACACUGUGCUAAGUACAUUGUAUAUACUCCGUGCCCUCCUUUGACGUUACUUUGAAACUCCAACUCAAAACAUAAACAUUUGCCAGUUGUGGUUUGUUUGUUUGUUUCUCCGAUUCUCUCUCCCCUCACACGCUCUCAUUGUUAUCCGUUGAGUUCUUCCCUUCGUCAUUCAUUCCUCAACAAUAAUGUUUGAUUUUGGCGACGAGCUUAUCUUACAGAGUUUCAGAAUCCCAUGGCUCAUUUGGAUUCAGCUCAUCAUAGUGUUGCUUCUUCUCCUUGCCUUCAUCUUCUCCUUCACCAUCUUUGCUUCUUCAGAUCCCUCACCUGACACUGUUGCAGCAGCUUCUGCAUCCACCAUUCAACCCCUCGCCAACCAUCAUUCAACGGUCAUAACCAACGCUCUACACAGCACCCGGGGGGUAGAGAACCUAAGUGUUAAAGGCGAGAUAGUAGCAAGAAGUGCAAGCAGAGGGAUAGUGAGAGAAGAGGUUGCAGUAGCAGCAGAAGGAGAGGCUUCUUCACCACUUUAUUUUCUCCACCCUUGCUAUUAUUUCAAAUUAGCCAGAGUUGCAUUUCUGAAAUGUCUUGGCCUGGAUUCUUCGUCUGAAUCUGAUGAGAAUCCUCCUCCACCAACCCAAAAGCAUAUGAAAAGGAAAGAAAGUUGAUCAUGAAAACCAUGUUCUCCUCAUUUAUGACAAAAUAUGAAAAAGAAAGUUUCUCAUCA